AUGAGCGCGGUGAACAUCACCAACGUGGCGGUGCUGGACAACCCCACCGCCUUCCUCAACCCCUUCCAGUUCGAGAUCUCCUACGAGUGCCUCGUGCCCCUCGACGACGGGGAUAUUGGGUUAUGGGGUUGGGCUUUGCUACCUCUGCAGCAUGGGGUCAGGAGGGAUGUGGAAUAUGAGAAAGAAGAUGAUAAUAAACUAGAGGAUGAGAUGCAUGAGGACGAAGAAAACCAAUUUGAAGAGGAAGAUGGGUCCUUCUCUCCACAGCUAAUGCAUGGCAAUGAAGAUGAAGAUGCAAUUGAUCCUGAAGAGGACAAAGCUGAGCUGGACCAAAAACGUGAAGCUGUAGUUUUGGAGCAUCAAAGGAAAGUUCAGGAAGCCAUGAAAGCAAAGGCAAGAGUACCUGAUGAGAUGGAGAUGAAGGCCAUAAAAACGAUGGGAGCUAUGGAGGAAGGAGAUGCAGUAUUUGGUGCCGGUGCUGAAGUGAACCUUGAUUGA